UCUCUCUGUCUCUAUCUGACGUACAAACAAGUAACGUCCCAGUCUGAAACCUGUUACAUAAAUACGAGAUAAAUUUGUAAUUAUGUAAUAUAAUUAUAUUUUUAUGUAUAGCAUAAUUAUCAAUGCCUAUGGAUUUUUUUGUUUAUCAUCAAGUUAUCUGUGGCAUGUCAACCGAAAAUUUGCACUACUUCAAAAAUAUUCCACUGAUCGUGAAAAAAUUGUGAAUGUGUGCAAGUAUUGUGUGUUUCUUAUUGGUUACGGAGAGGGACUCUAGACGGUUAGUGGUAUAAAUUUUCUUGGGUCUGGACACCGGGAUAUUUAUUCACUUCGUAGCGGUUGAAUAGGUUCUUUCGACAAGUCGGUUUGAAAUAUCAGUUCAAUAUACACAAUGGUUGUUGCUAAAAAAUUUGUGAUCAAUAAAUACUUUGAAGGAGAGCCCAAGCGAUCAGAUUUAAGUCUGGUUGAGGAAGAACUACCUGCACUGCAAAAUGGAGAAUAUCUCAUUGAAGCAAAGUUCUUAUCUGUUGACCCAUACAUGAGGCCGUACGUAUAUCGCGUACCGUUGGGAAGCACAAUGAUUGGAUCUCAAGUUGCUGAAAUAAUAGAAACAAAAAAUCCAUGUUUUCCUGUGGGUAAACAUGUCAUGGCCAAUGUUGGAUGGCGGACACACACUGUGGUUCGUGAUGACGACAGAGGAGUCUUCGAACAGGCUCCCUACAUCUUGCCUGAUUUUGAUGGCCUACCCCUGUCUGUUGGCUUAGGGGUACUGGGCAUGCCAGGAAACACCGCGUAUUUCGGAUUUCUCGAAAUUUGUAAGCCAAUAGCUAAGGAAACAUUGGUCGUAAGCGGUGCAGCUGGUGCGGUAGGAUCCCACGUGGGGCAGAUAGGCAAAAUAUAUGGUUUGAAAGUAAUUGGAAUUGCGGGCUCUGACGCAAAGUGUAAAUGGCUUAAAGAGGAACUUGGAUUUGAUCAUGCUAUCAAUUACAAAACCCAAGAUGUUGCUGCAGCUCUAAAGGAAGCUGCUCCAAACAAAGUUGAUUGCUACUUUGACAAUGUCGGAGGAGAAAUUUCUACCAUCGUGCUCGGUCAAAUGAAACAGUACGGCCGAAUUUCGGUAUGCGGCUGUAUUUCCAGUUACAAUGCGGAUCCCAAUGCAUUGCCUAAGGUUACUAUCAUUCAACCACUAAUCCUAUUCUCUCAAUUGAGAAUGGAGGGAUUUAUUGUGAUGCGUUGGUUGAACCGAUGGGAAGAGGGUAUUAAACACAAUCUUGAAUGGAUAAAGCAGAAGAAAUUAAAGUAUCAAGAAACUGUCACAGAAGGGUUUGACAAUAUGUUUGAUGCAUUCAUUGGAAUGUUGCAAGGAAAAAACACUGGAAAGGCUAUUGUCAAAGUUUAAGAUUUAUUUCCAUUUCCAUUUAUUUUGUCACAUGCUUUUAUUUUAUAAGUAUCAUAUGAUGUUUGUACAAUAUAUUUAAAAUAAAUGGAUUGUACUAUUCAA